AUGCGCGGUGGGCGGCGAGGGGGGCGGGCCGGGACCCCCAGACCCAGGCCCCAGAACCCAGGCCCAGACCAGGCCCGGACCCAGGCCCAAGCGAUGGCCGGAGCCCCGCCUGGGACCCAGCCUCCAGGGGACCCAGCCCCGACGGCUCUGGACGCGCACAGGCCGCAGGCGCUCCGGGGCCAGGAGACGCGGGAUGCAGAGGAGGCGGCGGGUGAGCGGCAGAACCCUAGAAAGCCCAGGCGGGGCGGCGGGGCCUGCCCCCAUGCACCACUGGCCAGGUGUCGCCACCACUCGGGAUACUUGGCUGAUGACGAGGCUGGCCACACCGCGCACAUGGCCCGGCCACCCAAAAAGCCACUGUUCCCGGAAAUGGGGCCGGCCUCCAAGCGGGGCUACGUGCCCCACCCACCGCUGCUGGACAGUCCAGGGGGCAACCCCCGUCGCCACCGCCCGCGGGGCCCCCAGCCCUUUGGCAACUUCCUGGAUUUCCUGACCGAGGGCCAGGUGUUGGACAGCCUGCAGACGGUGGUGGAGGAGGCCACCGAGCGCGUGGCCGCCAUGAAGACGAAAGGCGGGGUGCCCCUGGUGGAGGUGCAGGACCCGGUGGAGGAGCCGAGCCGGCAGCGGGCCCGGGUGCGCCCCAGCCUCAGUACGGUGCACCGGCACUGUGUCCGGCCAGGCCUCUGCACCGGGCACCCCAACAACUACCCGUCCCGCUCCAGCUCGGCGUCUGACUGUCGAAGCAGCCUCUCCGCCGGCUGCCCAGGAGACCUGGGUGCCCGCGGCUCUGGCCCGCUGCCACCCAUGAGGGACCGGCUCCUGCUGGAGAAGAACCUCAAGCGGCUGCUGAAGCUGGAGAGAAAAGGGAAAGGUCUCAGCCAGUCCUACUCACAGAGAGGCUCCCUGCCCUGGGACUCACUGGGCAGCCCGGCUAGCGGCCAGUGGACCCCGGAGCAGCCCCUGUCCUGGUUCUCGGGGCUGCUGGGCUCCAGCUCGGGCUCGCCCGAGGCGUCAGAGCUGGGCCCUACUGAGCGUGAGCUCAUCUUCCUCAAGCGUGAGCUCAACAAGGAGAUGCAGUCGUGGCUGAGCCGCCCGGAGCUCUUCGCCUUGCCCGGCUACUGCGCCCUCCGCGAGCCACAUCUCACGCUGGACUUCUUGGCCAAGCACCGUCUCUUCCCCACCCUGCAGCAGGUGGUCAGCCAGGCUGUGGGCAAGCUCAGCGCCGCCCGCCGCCGCGACGGCUGUCCCCUCUUCCCAAUGGCCACCGCCACCGCCGCCGCCACCACUGCGGUGGACGCGGAUCCACUGCCCGACCCAGAGCUCCUCGACUGCCCACCCAAGAGGAACCCUGCCCGGGAAGAGCCUUACGAGCCGCUCCCCACCACGACCUCCAGCCCCAAGACAGCUGAGAGAAGGAGCACCAAGACAAAAGGACGGGGCAAAUUCAAGGAAGGGGGCUCCACUAUAGCGGACACCCAGGUGGCUACCAGAUUCAGGCUGAAGAGCCCCCAUUUCAGGUUCCUGAGGAAGAAGCAACUGCCCUCCAUCUCAUCCAAGUCGGAGGCGUCCCACCCCUCUGACCCCUGGUACAAGGAGCUGGUCGACUAUCUGAUCGAGCAGGCCGUCUCCCUGCUCAUCUACAAGUACAAGUUCGAGAAGAACCUCUCCAGGCAGCUCGGCUUCAUCUCCUUCCCUGUCACCGAAGCGCUCAUGGACCUCCUCCUGGGCUUCAAGAAGGUGAAGGGCUCCCAUAUCAGCCUGUCCUCGCAGAUCGACUGGACCUGCCUGCUGCGCAAGCUGGAGGAGGCCGAGUGGGCCCGGCGCAACUCUCAGCAACACGGCUUGCAGCGCAGCACGGAGCCCACCUCCUUGCUGCCUGAGCCGACCACCGAAACUGACCGGGACGAGGCCACGGAGACCAACAUUACCGUCGAUCCAGAGUCACCUGACCAGCAGCUGCUGGCCCUCCAGGAGCCCACGGAUGGUGGGGAGGAGGAGGACAACAGCUACGAUAAGGAGCGUGUGGGCUCAGUGGACCCCAAGCUCUCCGUGACCUCGAGCACCAGCCUUGGCUCCAUUCCCCACAAGUCCAAGGAAGCGGCGAACAUCCAGGAUACCGAGACCAGUGACAACCUCGAGGACAGUUACUCCUUGGGGGAUGAGGGCACAUCCCAAGGGCUCCCUGAGGCCACGGUGGAGUCCGUGUCCAUGGCCUCCACAGAAGUGGGUCACGGGGAGCCCCCCUGACGUCCCUGUGAGCCGCACCCAGCACUCGAUGCCCUGCUCCUCCUCCUGCUCCGUCAGA